AUGGUGGUCUGCAAAUGCCGCAAGGCGACCAAGUUGUAUUGCUUCGUCCACAAUGUGCCAGUUUGCGGAGAAUGUGUAUGCUUCCCGGAGCACCAAAUUUGUGUGGUGCGUACUUACUCCGAGUGGGUCAUUGAUGGGGAGUAUGAUUGGCCUCCUAAAUGCUGCAGUUGCCAAGCUGUGCUGGACGAGGGGUCGAACCCUCAAACGACGAGAUUGGGCUGUUUGCAUGUUAUACAUACUAGUUGCUUGGUGUCCCACAUUAAGAGCUUUCCUCCACACACUGCGCCUGCUGGGUAUGUUUGUCCAGGCUGUUCAACCUCGAUAUGGCCUCCAAAAAGCGUGAAAGAUUCGGGAUCACGUCUUCAUUCAUAUCUGAAAGAAGCAAUCCUGCAGACGGGUUUGGAGAAGAACUUGUUCGGUAACCAUCCAGUUUCGCUUGGAACGGAGACCCGAAGCCCUCCUCCAGCGUUUGCCUCAGAACCACUGAUGCAUCCAUCUGCUGGAAAAGAUGCUGUGCCUACUGCAACGGGCUUUGCAAGGCCCGCCAGUUGGGCCUAUCGAUCGUUACCAAGAGAUUUUGGCGAGCACCCAAGAGGCCCUUGCGAGCCUUAUGUCGAUCAUCAAGGAGUUUCACAGUUGGAGGUGCAUUCCGAUUCCAUCCGUUCUACAAAGUUCACUCACGAAGUUCGACUCCACCGUGGUGUUCUUUCUCGACUUGGACGUACGAUUCGUCAUAAGUUCCUGAGGUCAUUGUUGCCUUUCUGGUCAAGUGCAUUGCCAACUCUACCAGUAACCGCCCCUCCAAGAAAAGAUGCAUCCCACACAGAUGACUCCUCAGAGGGCCGUACAAGACACCAUAAGUCUUCAAGAAUGGAUCCCAGAAAACUCCUGUUAGUUAUAGCUAUCAUGGCUUGCAUGGCCACAAUGGGCAUAUUGUAUUACAGAAUUGCACAAAGGGAUUUAGGUGAAGAUUUGCUCUAUGACGAGGUCCAGUGA